AUGCGCCCAGUCGACUGGACAGCAAACUUCCACGGCCAUGUCGAGGCCGAUGGUGCCGUGUCCAUCGAGGCUGCCCACCACGACGGCAUUGCCAAUAGCUCACAUAUCGCAUCCGACCAUGGCCGCACCCACUCAGGUGUGCGUCUGCCGAAGCUCACUCCGUCUCAAGAACCGGGCAAGAGCUCUGUGUUGGUGUAUCCGUUCUUCAUCGUCAGCACUGCCGCUCUGCCUGCGCUCGCGGUGUACGUCUCGCCCUCGGAGAAGUCCAUUCCCACGCGCCCCUGGCUAAUGCGGGUAACAAGUCGUCGGGCUGGUCGACCGCUGUCGUUGCCGGUGUAA